CUCUCGUGCUCUCCCUUUUCUUUUUCUCUCGUUGGGUCCCUCACAGUCUGCAAACCCAUCCCCCUCUGCUUGGUCAUUAUUUUAAAUCUUCUCCUUCCAGCCACUCUCAUAUCCAUCCCCACUCCACCCCCCCCUCCUUCUCUCUCUCUCUCUCGUCUCGCCAGCGAUCCCUAUAGUGUCCCAACAAGAUACAUAAUAUUGAUGGCUGUGGCUCGUGAAGACGUAGAAUCUUGGCUUCCUAUUGAGUUUCUUACAGCGGAGGAAGUACUCAUGGACACAGAGAACUUUAACAAAAACGGUUUCAAGACUGAGCUGAAACCAAGUCUGUGCUUCCCUCCCGAGUUCCCUUACGAGUUUGACUCGUUUGGCUCCUCUUCAGCUCUCAGUUCUCCGGUGGAGUCCGUUACGGGCUCCUCCACUGAGACAGAGAGCAGUGACGAGGACGACUUUCUGGCUGGGUUAACUCGGCGACUGACUCAGCAACUCACCGUCAAACCCGAGAACAAGUGGGUCAUGGCUGGGUCACCGGAGUCGACUCUAAGUGGUCUAGGAAGCUGGUCCGUAUCCAGCAACGGGAGUCCAAACGGGGUGUUGUCGCCACCAACGACGCCGUAUGGUGCCAAGAAUGACACAUGGGAUCUGAUAUACGCAGCUGCUGGUCAAGUUGCAAGAUUAAAGAUGACCAAUAAUGAAGGCCACAGGUGUAAUAAUAGUAAUAAUUUUCAAGGUAGGGGUUUGCUGGGUCCAGCCAGGAUUCAAAAUCCAGAUCUCACUUCAGUCAAGCAUCAGAAUACUGGGUUUUAUCCUUCUCAGAGCAGCCCUACUUUUGGCAACAAUGUUCCACAAGUUAAUCAGUACCAGCAACUUGUGAGGCAAGAGCAACAGGCACUCAGGCAACAGUGCUCUUCAAUUUGGGAAAGACAACAAGUGAAGACAAGCUGGCAAGCUCAGCCCCAAUUCCACCAGCACCCACACCAAAACCAACAGGUGCAGAGCAGAGGCAGAGAUGUUCGUUAUGAAGAUGGGAGGUGCGGUCGUCCGCUUGGACUGCCUCAGUCUGCUUGGCCUCCUCUUCAAGUACACCCUCAAAAUCAGCUCUCUAAUUCAGCCGGCAUGAGGGCUGUUUUUCUUGGUGGAUCUGGUGUUAAAAGAGAGAGUGCUGGCACUGGUGUGUUUUUGCCUCGUAGAUAUGGCAACCCCCCUGAGCCCAAGAAGAAAUCUGGUUGCUCUACAGUUCUGCUGCCAGCUAAAGUUGUCCAAGCUCUAAAUUUGAACUUUGAUGACAUGGAUAUCAGUGGUCUUGCUCAACCACGCCUGAAUAAUAACGCAUCUUUCCAUUCGGAGUAUGAUGCUUUGAUGGCAAGAAGAAAUGCUCUUUUGGCACAGCAGAAGAGAAAUUUACGGCAAGAGAAUGUACUCAAUCGUGAAAUACGCCUGCCUCUGGAGUGGACAUAUUGAGAUCACCCAAUAAUCAUGCGUCGUGGACAUUCAUGCUGUCAUGAUGAUAAUGUUUGUUUUGGUUUGGAUGAUGAAAGCAAAGUAAAGAUGGUAGAAGUUUUUAUAGGGAUUUAUGGUUUUUACAAGCAAAAGAGAGCGAGUUUAGUUCUUAAAGAGAGCAAUAAGGGAUCCAGCUUUUUUCUUCUUUUUUCUUGCUAGGGAGAUUGAAUGAAGCUUUUGUGGGCUAGGUUUUAGACGAAGGUCAAAAGGAAGCCAUUUAGUAGUAGUAGUAGUAGAUGAUCAGGGGUUGCUGCUAUUUUGUUGUAAUAACGACGGGGUUAAGUUAUGUUUAAAGGGUUUUUUUAGCAAGGGAAAUUUGUUGGUUUAUGCGGAGGUGGGGUGUUUGGAGGUUGUAGGGGAGGAACCCACAACUCUUCAUCUCCUAAGAUAAUAUAUCUCUUGGAAGUUAAUAUUAUAACGAAAUAAAGUACCUUUUUAAGUUUUAUU